UGCUGCUGCUUUCAAUGGAGCUUGUCAAAAGCCGGUUACAACACUGUGCUGACUUUCUUUACUUCAUUUAGGUUACGUGACACUAGCAAGCCCAUUGUGAUUUAACGUGCUGUUUUUUCAGUCUGUAACACCAGAAAACCUUGAAAAAAGUCACCUACUCAUGAAUUGAUAACGCCCUGUUCUAUAGCUCGCUCAUCGCCUCUAUCGAUCUGGACUGUUUAUACCCACAGUUCGCCCUUAAGGCAGCGAGCACAAUGAAAGAUGCAAGCUGAGGCUCGAAAGAAGCAGCUUACACAGCUCAUGUACUCGUUUUAAGCUUCAUCGUCCAGCCAGCAGCAGUUACGAAGUACCGAAACCGGCAGGCAGACAGAAAGAAAACCCCCGUGUGUGCACUGCUCCCUGGGUGAAGAAUGACUGAGUAUAAGCUGGUGGUGGUGGGAGCUGGAGGCGUGGGCAAAAGCGCUCUCACCAUUCAACUCAUCCAGAACCAUUUUGUGGACGAAUACGACCCAACUAUAGAGGACUCAUACAGGAAGCAGGUGGUGAUUGAUGGAGAGACAUGCCUACUGGACAUCCUGGACACAGCAGGUCAGGAGGAGUACAGCGCCAUGAGAGACCAGUACAUGAGGACAGGAGAGGGCUUCCUCUGUGUCUUUGCCAUUAAUAACACCAAAUCUUUUGAGGACAUCCACCACUACAGAGAGCAGAUUAAGAGAGUGAAAGACUCUGAGGAUGUCCCCAUGGUGCUGGUGGGCAAUAAGUGUGACCUGCCGUCCCGCACGGUGGAUACUAAGCAGGCUCAGGAUUUAGCACGCAGCUAUGGAAUUCCCUUCAUCGAGACCUCAGCAAAAACAAGACAGGGUGUUGAUGACGCCUUUUACACAUUAGUCCGGGAAAUCCGAAAGCACAAGGAGAAGAUGAGCAAGGAAGGCAAGAAGAAAAAAAAGAAGUCCAAGACAAAGUGUAUACUAAUGUGAAUAACACCUCCGUUUCAGUAUCGACUCCGAACAGCUGAAAUAUUAAAGAACUGCAUUUUGUACAUUACACUAAAUUAUUAGCCUCUUCAGCAUACACAAUGGAUUCCCGUUUUCCUUCAUUUGUUAUCUUACAAACAAAUAAGCUUUUUCUUGUCUGGUGCCAGUUGCCCCAAAGUGUUGGUCCUGCAUUACCAUAUACUGUAAAAUGUAAUUAUGUAAUGUCAGUCAAUAUUGUAAUUUUGUUUUCUGUUAGGUUUAUUUUUUCCCUGAAAGGCUGAAAAUUCCCCAGAUAUUCAUGAAGGUUUUCAUUAACAAAAAAAACACAGAAAAAAGCAAAAGGCAAUGCAUUGGCAGCACAUACUGUUCUUUGCUUCAUGGAAAUAAGCGCAUAAGUAUGAGGUGAGGCUAGGGCUGUGAUGAGAACUUUUGCGCGUUGCAAGACAUGCAGUAAAAUAUUGCAUUUCAUAAUUGUGCUAGUGAUGGUUUGAUAAACCAUGAGAGCUUAGUUUUCUGCACCAUUCUGAUCUUUUUUUAUAAUGUUUAAUGGAUUCCAUAAUUUGUAAAACAAAUUAAAUAAAACAAAAAAAAAGGGCAUCCAUUAUAUUAUCGUCAUAUCGACGCAUCCUUAACUAGGACCAACACUGGGGUGAAUUUUGAUAACUUCACCAGUGUGUAACAGAAGAUGUGAGUCCCUCUUUUGGGAUGUCACAGAUUUGCAUGUGAACUUCCAUUGUAGACCAAGUCCACAUCUAAGCCUUCAAUAGUGUAUGGGUGGUAAUCUCUUAACCUCGAUGACCUGUUUCAUUUGCAUGCUGUUCUUUUGUGUAAUCUCCUGGGAAAGUUAAGGAGAUUUUAAAAUACUGUAUUAAACAGCCAAUGUUGUCAGAGUGGGGAAGUUUUACCCCUUGGGUCCUUAACAUGCUGACAUCAUGUUCUUUCACAGUGUUGGGUAAUUUAAUGAUUUUCCACAUGUUGAUCUCAUUUUGAUAUUGAGCUUAGAGACUGACAAUAAUAACUAGAAUAAAGGGUGAAAUGGUAGAGUAAAAUCUGUUUAGAACGUUGGUUUCUCAGGCUUACCUUUUGAGGUUUGUGGUUAUAGAGUUUCUAAUGAAGUUUAAAAACAACUGAGGUCUCUGAAUGCUUCUCUCCUAGAGGCAGAGGAUGUUUCGGUUAAGAUUUUAAGAUUUACCCUUUUGUGCCCAGCCAAACAGCCUCUGGAUGGAGUUAGAUAUGUUUCUCUUUUCUCUCUGAGGAGGAUAUUAAGAUAUCAACCACUAGUAAUAAAUUAUGAAAAUUAUCUAUCUACUGAUGCAAAUGUACUUUUGGAGGUGGGGGGGACAAAUAGACCAACCAAAUGCCUUGUCUCAAAGUGCUGCCAUAAAGAUAUUAACACUCGCUUUGCCCAAGUCACAACUCUAGUUGCUUACUUCUGCUAUCUUUCAUCAACUGCAUGUUUUCUGAGACUGAGCAGUAAUGUGGGUGAAUGAGUGAAAGUAUGCAGUGUGGUCUGCUUUUUCAAAGUCUUUCACGAAUUGGUUCUACAGGACUGCCUUUCAUGGUUCAUUUAAACCUGAAAGGCUGACGUGAACAUUAAUGGCAAUACAUACCGUAAAAUAAUGACAUUUUAGAAGCAAGAGAGGUUAAAAACAAUGUUGCCUUCUUUUGGUUUUGAGUUCUUUAUACCAUGGGUCCUUAAUCAUUGCUAAUCCUUUUUGCUUUUACCCAUUAUAUUACACAAGUGAAAUUGUCUGAUUUAUUGCUAAUGCUGCAUCUCAAGGAGGCUAACACGGAAACAAAAAUCAGGAUAAAAACAUUAUUAUGCAAUGUUAAUGCAGGUAAAGGGUAUUUUAAGCUGUUUUGUUACCUCUCUCCCUUUAAAAUAAGGUAACUUAAUAGCACUGUAAUCAAAUUAGCCGUAGAGAGUCUGUGGAAAUGUGUUUGUGUUCUCUCUCUUUCUCUCUUUUCUCUCUCUCUCGUUCUCCUGUUCUCUCUCACCUCCCCCCCCCUUUCCCCCUUUUUGGUGUGCCAAUAGCAAAACGUAUUUUAACAACCUUUGUACAGUUGUGAUACUGAAAGAUGGAUAUUUUGUAAAUUGUGCUUCAUUUUUGUUUGUUGUUUGAAAUGUCACUUUAAUAGAGUUGAAAGAGGCACUCUCUGUGUAAGUGACUGGUAUGUGUGUGUGAAUGUGAGCGAGAGAGAAGCUCUUGGUGUGUGAGUGCAUGUGUGAGUGACCACUGUUCUAACCCCAUACAGAAUUUCACUCAGUGUGGUGAUUCCCAGAUCAAAUUACUUUUAUUUUUAUUUUCAUGCCAUUAUUUCCAUCAGUCAUAUUUAAUGUAUAAUAAACUGAUACAGAUCCAGCUGA